AUGUCCUCCAAUGACGACCCCACGCCGUCGCACGCCGCGAGACGCCUGUCGACAUCGCACGGCGGCGGUAGCCAUGGACACGGCGCGGCAGCGGCGUCGCAGGUCGCCGUCGCGGCGGCCGGCGGCGCGGCGCUGCUCCUCGUCGUCCUCGUCAUUGCCUGCUGCUGCUGCUGCUGCAGGAGGAGGAGGAGGAAGAGGGACGCGGCGCAGCAGCAGCAUCAGCGGCCGCCGCCUCACGGCGGGAUGAGGUUCUACGCCGACUCCUCCGGCUUCAAAGGGAACACCUCGGGGUACUACUUGUCGAGCGGCGUUCGGCCGCCGCCGCAGCGGCAGAACGGCCAGGCGAGGCAGGCCCUGCCGCGAGCGCUGGCGGACGGCAACUACGACGAGAUCGUGGACCCCAGGCUGCGGGGCGACUACGACCCGACGGAGGCCGCGCGCCUCGUCGCCAGCGCCGCCGCCUCGGUGCGCCACGCCGCGCGCCGCCGCCCCAAGAUGAGCCAGAUCGUCAUGGCGCUGCAGGGGGCCAUGCCGCUGGAGGAGCUCAACGACGGGGUGCGCCCGGGCCACGGCGCCGCGUUCGGAUCCGGCUCGGGGUCGGGGUCCGCCGGCUCGUCGGGCUCCGACUACGGCGGGUCUGGAUCGUCGUACACGGCGCAGAUGGAGCGGAUCAGGCGGGCGGCGCUGCCCAGCCCGGAGUACAGCGCCGACUACCCCGGUUCCAUCCCGGAGUUCGCCCAUCCGUCGCCGGCCAGCAGCGCCAGCUCCGUCGAGCGGGAGGACCGGCGGCAUCGGGGAGGCCGCCGGUGA